CCUGUGGCGCCGUUUCGGAAUCCCUCGUUCUCAUACCUAUUUUAUGACGUUCUUUAUUCGCCAUAAACAUCCAUCAAAGAACGCCCGUAUUUGUUGAGCAUGCUGCGACACGACACGAAAUAUCCUCAGGCACUUGUAUACGCUCGCUUUGUCUGAUACCGGGGGCAAUGGCUUCGUGGAAAUCAUACUCGGGGGAAGGAGCAUACGUGCCGUCUAUUUCCUCGCCCCUGAAUCCAUCAAGCACCGAGACACCCCUGAGGCGCGAGAGGCGCGCCGUGCGUAAAUAUGAGCCGAGCCCGACUCAGAGAUUGAUGCGCCAGAAGGCCGCAGCAGCACGAAAACUGAUGUCUUCUCGGCAGUCUAUCGCCGCAAAUAUCACUCCGACAGUACGUGAGAAUGAGAAAUUCGACAUAAAACCGGCUACGCAGAAUGACGACCCCUAUACUGUUCAAGCGGUCAAUGGUAUCGACUCAUCGGCUACUUGCGAAGAAGAGGAGUGUGAAGAUAUCGAUCUAGGUGUGCGAGAGGUGGACACUGAAAAGCAGGCACUGGUUGAAAACUAUCGGCAAGAUUGGCGCUCAGCGGCAAGGACCAUAUCAGAGACUUCGAUAAAAAGACGUCUGAUAGUGGUUGUGGGGGUUAUAUGUAUUAUUGGGGUUUUCUCAGUUAUACGCACAGUUGGCAGGAUACCACUCUGGCGGAGGCCAUAGUCGUCAUAUCUGUUACUUAUGCGAGACGCGAGCAAUAUCUAGUUGCUCAAAUAUCAUCAUAACGAGCAAACUGGCCGGGUUUACCGAUUCCGAUCCCCCAA